CGGUGCCGAUCUACUCAACUUCUAAGUCGAUUUCUACGAAUUCUAGUCAAUCGGGUUUACAAAAAUUACCUGUGUACUAUUAUAUACCGGACGGCCAAACGGACUUAGUUUGUUAAAUUCGAGGUCUACCAAAAAAGGUCGGUUGAGGAGUAGUAGACUCAUUUUCACUCAUCUAAUGCAGGUUGGAGUGAGCCUGUAUUUCAUGCCAGUGUUGUUCAGCUUCUUUAGGCGAGCAUUCACAACAAUGGCUGAGCCCUACAUUACAGGCAGUGCCUCAAUGGCAUUCGUUACGGUGCCGAACAUGGAGGUGGCAAAGAAAAUUGCACAUGGUCUGGUCAGUCAGAAACUUGUUGCUUGUGUCAACAUCAUUCCAGGAAUCACAUCAGUGUAUGAAUGGGAAGGAAAGAUUGAAGAAGAUUCAGAGCUUCUACUGAUGCUAAAGACAAUGACAUCUAAAGUAGACGCCGUGUCUGACUUUGUGAGAAAAAAUCAUCCAUACUCUGUUGCAGAAGUUAUUUCUGCCAAGAUUGAUAAUGGAAAUCCACCAUAUCUCAAAUGGAUUUCAGAUGUUACCAUGGCUGGGCAAAAAUGAGAAUAAGCUGAGGGAUUUGGGGAAUUCAGGUUUUUUAAUGACUGAUGCUUUUGACUUUUGAACAUGAUCAUGGUAACAGAUGGAGUAAACAAUCCACAAGAUUGACAUUGUUAUAAUUAUAGAUUUUACCUUGUAUGCAUUGCAUUUCAAUCUUCAUUAAAAGCAAGUCUGCCACCAGAGUCAGUUCUUUUCUGAACUUGUUAAGCCAGAAUAUUUUUAAGUCUGUUAAAGUUCAACGAGGAUGUUAUUUAGGUUUAAUCAUUAUAUGUCUUUAUUUAGUGAAACAAUCAUGCAGAUUAAAGUUAAUAUUAGUUUAACCCACUGGACCCAGGCUAUUUCUGACCACUAUAACAUCGUAGUGUGGCCAAAGGUCACAUGACAACUAGUUGUGAUCCAGGCCCAGUUUUCCCUACAGUGGUCAUUUUUCAACAAUUAAACUCCAAUGUGGUCUAAAUUAAGUUCCGUUUUAGCAUUUAUUUUCGAGCUUAAUGUGUAACAAGUGUGCCACUAAAAUUCAUUGAAUAAUAGACUUUAUGAAAUAAUUCUUUGGAUAUUACUGUCCAAUAUAUUUUAAGACACCUUCUGUCCAAUUGUUUGUGUUGCUUGAAAGUAUUGAAAUGUAACAUUUUCAAUAGAACCUGUCAACAUUUUUCAAUAAGGAGUCAUACAGUUUUUAAGAAAUCUUUGCUCUUAGAAAAGUCACAUUCAAUCACUGUAUUCUUUUUGUAAGGCAAAACACCUAGCACUGCAGAUAAACAUGAGCUAAAACUGUAAGCAAGAAUGCAUAUACUAUGUUGUAUAGUCUAUAGUCUGUUUGCAAACUGUCCAAAGCAGUUUUCAGAUGGUCAGUGUAAUACAUGAAGCAGUACGGUACUUCAGUAAUGGCAGCACCUGAUUUUCUGGUCAUAAGUCUUAGGCAUUUUAGAAAAAAAAAAAAAAAAAAAAACCAGCCUGGACCACUUGAGUGUACUCUGUCUCUCACUGUGCCCCUAUUAGGUAUACUUUCAUCAUAAAAAUCCUGAUAAGAAUUAGGGUGUUGAUAAUAUUUUGUCUUUCUCCACUCAUAUUAAUGGCUCAAUCAUUUAAUAUAAAAUCAAGCUGCUAAUAUAUCCUGUAGUCAAAAGGCUUAAUUUUAGGGUUUGACUAAGUUCAUCUAACCCCAAUUCCUGUUGCUGCCAACAGCUGCUGUUGUUUUGCUGCAAACUGAAUUAUUUUAUUUACACAAUAUAUAUAUUUUUUUUAAAAAGAAUUAUCUCUUGUUAUUGAUGUACAGCAUUUUUGCAAUCUAUCACUUUUUAAUGGUUAGAGUCAGAUCAUGCCUUUUGCAAAUGUUUUUUUAUGCACUUGCCAUUCAUCUACUUGCACAUAAAUUCCUGUUGGCAAGAUGUUUGGAAGUCUUCACCGGUCAAUUAAACUUUUCAUGUCAACCA